ACUGCCUUUUGGAAUGUGAAAUGGCUCACGUGCUACAUGAAUGCCAGUGCUCGAUGAUGGCGUACCCAACGCCCCCGGAUGUAGUGCGUUGUCCGCCUGAACUAUUAGAGUGCGCCAAAUUUGCAUCAGUCUCUCUGAACAUUGACCAAUGUGAUUGCAUUCAUACCUGUAACGUGGACAAGGAAUACCCUAUAUACACCACCAAUGACCUGAUGCCCGGCAGUUACUACCACGACCCGUUUUACGACGAUCUGGACUUGACAAAGGUAAGUAUAGUCAGAGUGUACAUACUGAAACGGAAGAUCAACUCGAACGAGCGCCACGCUUACUUUGGACAAACCGAUUUGUUUUCCCAAUUAGGCGGAGCUUUCAACUUGUUUUUUGGCUGCAGUAUUCUCAGCCUAUUGGAAAUCUUACAACUAUUUUGGUACUGUUUCAAGAACUGGUACUCUGGAACUAAAGAUCCAAAGAGCGGUGUGCCUACAAAAGCAAAGAGAAAUAGUAAAAAAAUACGUAUAAUGAAAAACAAAAAAGAUAAAUCUAAAAAGAAGGUUAUGUUUUCGUUGUGAAAAUGUUUUAUUAAAUUAGUUAAAUUAACUAAACAAAAAUUAACCAAAACU